GGCCUCCCAGGAGGUGCUGCUCAGUGAGUGACCUCACCUGGACCAGAUGGUGACCAUGAGCUGGUUGCUACCUCUGGAGUCUUGGUGAGUGGGUGGAUGGCACCCAGGGUCACACAGCAUUAAAAAGCGGAUCCAGACCUUAAAGUAUCUUGAUUUUCCGCUUCACCAGGUGGUUGAAUGAAAACAUGUUGGAAAGGUAAUACAUGUGAUUGGGGAAGAUAAGUUUAUUUACUGUGGUACAUUUUUAUAACUUUUAUUUGAGGGCAUUACAUAUCUCACAUAGUUACACACUAUGAAGGUGUUACCUUUGGUCUCAUUCAAAAAUUACAAAGUGAUAUAUCGAGAAGAAUCACCUCUCCCACUUUGCCUUCCAGUUCCUCUCCCCAGAGGCAAGCAGUGUGCCCAGCAUUUUUGUGAGCCCUCCGGGGGCAGUCUGCCAUAUACAGACAUGGAUGUUUCCAUACCCUCUUUCUUCUGAAGUGUGCAUUCGUUUGAGCAGCUUGUUUGAAAGCCGUAUAUGCAGGUUGUGAAGUCACUUUUGGUUUUGAUUUCAGCCUCCCAUUCUUUCCCUUUUUGCAUUUGUGGUAUCUAAUAUCACCUUGGCAGCCUCAAGAGCGGCUUGUGUGGGUGGGUUUUGGUGUCCAUGGUGCAGUGGGCGAGGGCCACCCGCAGCCUUCCCAGUGCUUGGUGAGGCCCAAGAGUGGAUUUUGUUUUUUGAAGCAGGAUUCAUACACAAAAGGACAUCUUCUGAAGUAGUUGGGGUUGGGAGCUUGCUUUUUGCUUUAUUGUGUUGUCUUCUCUAUAAUGUGGAAUAUCUUAGAGAUCCAGUUCCACCUGUGCUACGAAGAGCCCCGGGUGGGAUGAGCCCACGCUGGCUCCGCAUGGCCGCUCACCCCACAGGCAUUAUGGGGAGAGCCAGAGCAGGUGAAUGGUCUGCCCGGGGCCUCCUGCUUGGUGAGUGACAGACAAGACCCAAACUGGGCUUCUGGCCCUAGCUCUGGGCCUUUGGUGUACCCUGAUGCCCUGGGAGGCAGCAGACCCAUCUCACCUGGGUGCCAUCACCCUGACAUUUGGCAGCCUCUCUUUGCAGAUUGCCAUCAGCAUCAGCCUAAGUGAGGUGCAGGAAUUUCAUAGUUACAGAUGAUGGAUUUGGACAUGCCUCUAUGAAGAAAUGCCACAUGGUCCAAGAGCAAACAUGUCCAGGCUACUGCCACUUUAGCGGACUAGGGCUUGGUGCCAACGCUUCCCGGGUAAUCAGGCGUGGUCUGACCCAGGAUCAAGAAGCACAUCAUCACCAAUGACAUCAUGACAGCAAGAGAGCACAGCCCUCGCCAUGGUGCCAGGGCCCGUGCAAUGCAGCGGGCUUCCACCAUUGACGUGGCGGCCGACAUGCUGGGCCUCUCUCUGGCAGGAAAUAUACAAGACCCAGAUGAGCCCAUUUUAGAAUUUAGCUUAGCUUGCAGUGAGCUGCAUACUCCUUCACUAGAUCGAAAGCCAAAUAGUUUUGUUGCGGUGAGUGUCACCACCCCUCCUCAGGCAUUCUGGACGAAGCACGCACAGACGGAGAUCAUUGAGGGAACCAACAAUCCUAUAUUUCUAAGCAGUAUUGCCUUCUUUCAAGACUCUCUUAUCAAUCAGAUGACACAAGUCAAACUCUCCGUGUAUGAUGUCAAAGAUAGAUCUCAGGGAACAAUGUAUUUACUGGGCUCUGGAACGUUCAUUGUCAAAGAUCUGCUCCAGGACAGGCAUCAUAGGUUGCAUUUAACACUAAGGUCUGCAGAGAGUGACCGUGUGGGUAACAUCACCGUGAUUGGCUGGCAGAUGGAGGAGAAGUCAGACCAACGUCCCCCUGUGACCCGGUCUGUGGACACUGUCAAUGGGAGGAUGGUUCUUCCCGUCGAUGAGAGCUUGACAGAGGCAUUAGGAAUCCGAUCCAAAUACGCUUCAUUGCGAAAGGACACUUUGCUGAAAUCGGUGUUCGGUGGUGCCAUCUGCCGCAUGUACCGGUUUCCAACCACUGAUGGUAACCACUUGCGGAUCCUGGAGCAGAUGGCAGAGAGCGUGCUCUCCCUGCACGUGCCCCGGCAGUUCGUGAAGCUCCUACUAGAGGAAGAUGCAGCCAGAGUGUGUGAGCUGGAGGAGUUGGGAGAGCUGUCUCCUUGCUGGGAGAGCCUCCGGCGCCAAAUUGUCACCCAGUACCAGACCAUCAUCCUCACAUACCAGGAGAACCUGACCGACCUCCAUCAGUACAAAGGGCCCUCGUUUAAAGCAAGCAGUUUGAAAGCAGAUAAAAAGUUAGAAUUUGUUCCCACAAACUUGCACAUACAAAGGAUGAGAGUUCAAGACGAUGGAGGAUCAGAUCAGAACUACGACAUCGUCACCAUCGGGGCACCAGCAGCACACUGCCAAGGUUUUAAGUCAGGAGGUCUCCGCAAAAAGCUGCACAAAUUUGAAGAGACCAAGAAACACAGUUUUGAGGAGUGUUGUACAUCAUCUGGCUGCCAGUCCAUAAUCUACAUACCACAGGACGUCGUCAGAGCCAAGGAGAUCAUCGCCCAGAUCAACACCCUGAAAACCCAAGUUAGUUACUACGCAGAGCGGCUGUCAAGGGCAGCCAAGGACAGGUCUGCCACUGGCCUUGAGAGGACACUCGCCAUCUUGGCAGACAAGACACGGCAGCUGGUCACAGUCUGCGACUGCAAGCUCCUGGCCAACUCCAUCCAUGGGCUGAACGCUGCACGGCCUGACUACAUUGCCUCCAAGGCCUCUCCCACUUCGACUGAGGAGGAGCAGGUGAUGCUUAGAAAUGACCAGGAUACCCUCAUGGCCCGGUGGACAGGGAGAAACAGCCGAUCUUCCCUGCAGGUGGACUGGCACGAGGAGGAGUGGGAGAAAGUGUGGCUGAACGUGGACAAGAGCCUAGAGUGCAUCAUUCAGCGUGUGGACAAGCUGCUGCAGAAGGAGCGGCUGCAUGGCGAGGGAUGUGAGGACGUCUUCCCCUGUGCAGGCAGCUGCACCAGCAAGAAAGGUAACCCGGACAGCCACGCCUACUGGAUCAGACCAGAAGACCCCUUCUGUGAUGUCACCUCCUCACCAUGCCCCUCCACCAUGCCCUCCGCUGCAUGCCAUCCUCAUCUGACCACACAUUGCAGUCCCCCUCCUGAAGAGUCCAGCCCAGGUGAAUGGAGUGAGGCCCUUUACCCGCUGCUGACCACUCUCACUGACUGCGUGGCCAUGAUGAGCGACAAGGCCAAGAAGGCCAUGGUAUUCCUGCUUAUGCAGGACAGUGCGCCCACCAUAGCCACCUACCUGAGCCUGCAAUACCGCCGUGACGUGGUCUUCUGCCAGACGGCACCUCACCCUGAACCGCUUCACACCAUGCUCCCACAGCUGACUGCCCUCAUCUGCGGCUUCAUCAUUAAGCUGAGGAACUGCCUGCAUGACGAUGGUUUCCUGCGCCAGCUCUACACCAUCGGGCUGCUGGCCCAGUUUGAGAGCCUGCUGAGCACCUACGGGGAGGAGCUGGCAAUGCUGGAGGACAUGAGCCUUGGGAUCAUGGACUUGAGGAACGUGACCUUCAAAGUCACUCAGGCCACUUCCAGCGCCUCCGCAGACAUGCUGCCCGUCAUCACAGGAAAUCGCGACGGGUUUAACGUGCGGGUCCCUCUGCCAGGCCCACUGUUUGACGCCCUGCCCCGGGAGAUCCAGAGUGGCAUGCUGCUGCGAGUGCAGCCUGUCCUCUUCAACGUGGGCAUCAAUGAGCAGCAGACACUGGCCGAGAGGUUUGGCGAUACAUCUUUACAAGAAGUCAUCAACGUGGAGAGUUUGGUGCGGUUAAAUUCCUACUUUGAGCAGUUUAAGGAAGUUUUGCCUGAGGAUUGUCUGCCUCGGUCUCGCAGUCAGACGUGCCUGCCAGAGCUGCUGCGGUUUCUGGGUCAGAACGUGCAUGCCCGGAAGAAUAAGAACGUCGACAUUCUCUGGCAAGCUGCUGAGAUCUGCCGUCGCCUUAAUGGGGUCCGGUUCACCAGCUGCAAGAGCGCUAAGGACCGUACAGCCAUGUCGGUGACGCUGGAGCAGUGCCUGAUCCUGCAGCACGAGCAUGGCAUGGCCCCACAGGUCUUCACCCAGGCCCUGGAGUGCAUGCGCAGCAUUGGAACACGGGAGGUAGUCACCCAGAAGAACUUGAGCGGCCUGGUGCCCAUCCGAGACUUAAGGCUAGACCCCAGCCUCCUCUGUUCCAUCCCUUUAUUAGCUCUGAGCCCCAAUUUACUGAUUGUGUGGCUCUUUCUGAGCAUAGCAUACCUGGUGACCAAAUUGCGUUGCAAAUGAAUAUCAUUAUGAAAAAUUAAUAAGUCACAAGAAAAACAAAAGUGCCAGAACAUGUCCAGCCACCGUGUACCUAACUGGACAGAAGGAAUGUGUCAAAGCGUGGUCUGCCAAGAAAUAUUUCAUGCCUUACAUUUUGACGUUUUGUUCUUCUGAACUGUAAAUAUCUGCCAAAUUAUUUCACCAAGAAGACUUGUUUGUUUAGCUCCUGUAGCAUCUUCAGUGCUUGUAACAUGUUCUUACGGUGCCCUGUCACUGCAUCGUUUAGCUGGCCCGGAAUUCCUUGUACCACGUCUCUACCUUCUGAUGUACAACUAUCUAUCACCUGUACCUCUCAUGUGCCCGGUUUCCAAGAGAAACAAGUUCUGUCUAAAGAGAAUUUGUAUAUUUGAUACUAUUCUUUAAGUGUACUGCUAACCCUUCCUUUCCUUUCGACGACAAACGAAAAGAAAAAAACAUGCUUUAUAACUGGCUCAUCUAGAAAAACCUAUCUAACAGGACAUGUACUUUCUGCUUUCAUUUCAAAGCGUAGUCCCUGAAUUACAGUAGCAAACAGUUUGCAGAAUCCUACCAUUUCCUUGCUUAUGUUUAUUAUUUCCAAUUAAGGAUGACACAAAGCUGUGAAUACAGUAGUACACUGUAGCAAGGGCCAGACACAGAAAGAUCACCUCCUGCAUACACCAGACACAAAUCACCUACUGCAUACGCCAGACACAGAAAGAUCACCUACUGCAUACGCCAGACAGAAAGAUAACCUACUGCAUAUGCCAGACAGAAAGAUAACCUACUGCAUAUGCCAGACACAGAAAGAUCACCUACUGCAUAUUCCAGACACAGAAAGAUCACCUACUGCAUACGCCAGACACAGAAAGAUCACCUACUGCAUAAGUCAGACAGAAAGAUCACCUAGUGCAUAUGUCAGACAUAGAAAGAUCACCUACUGCAUAUGCCAGACACAGAAAGAUCACUUACUGCAUAAAUCAGACAGAAAGAUAACCUACUGCAUGCGCCAGACACAGAAAGAUCACCUACUGCAUACGCCAGACACAGAAAGAUCACCUACUGCAUAUGCCAGACACAGGAAGAUCACCUACUGCAUAUGCCAGACACAGAAAGAUCACCUACUGCAUACGCCAGACACAGAAAGAUCACCUACUGCAUACGCCAGACACAGGAAGAUCACCUACGGCAUACGCCAGACACAGAAAGAUCACCUACUGCAUAUGCCAGACACAGGAAGAUCACCUACGGCAUACGCCAGACACAGAAAGAUCACCUGCUGCAUACGCCAGACACAGAAAGAUCACCUACUGCAUACGCCAGAUACAGAAAGAUCACCUACUGCACACGCCAGACACAGAAAGAUCACCUACUGCAUAUGCCAGACACAGAAAGAUCACCUACUGCACACGCCAGACACAGAAAGAUCACCUACUGCAUAUGCCAGACACAGAAAGAUCACCUACUGCACACGCCAGACACAGAAAGAUCACCUACUGCACACGCCAGACACAGAAAGAUCACCUACUGCACACGCCAGACACAGAAAGAUCACCUACUGCACACGCCAGACACAGAAAGAUCACCUACUGCAUACACCAGACAGAAAGAUCACCUAGUGCAUAUGCCAGACACAGAACACUUACUGCAUAAAUCAGACAGAAAGAUAACCUACUGCAUACGCCAGACACAGAAAGAUCACCUACUGCAUACGCCAGACACAGAAAGAUCACCUACGGCAUUUGCCAGACACAGAAAGAUCACCUACUGCAUGUGACUUUAGAUUUACUCUUCACUAUGUAGGGAUCAUUCAGCUGGUUCAAGGAAUUAAUGCAUAUAGUCACCAAAGGCUGUUAAAGUUAUAUACUUUUAUUUAUUUUAAAACAGUAUAUUUCAUUUAAAAAAUGGUAUCUUUAAUUGCAGAUUAAAGUUCCAACAUCUUUUCUCUCUUACUAAUCAAAUAUGAUUGAUAAUGAAAAAAAAGCAAAGAAAAAAUGCCAAAUAAAAUGAUCCCUGACUUGUGGGCAGUUGCGGUGGAUGGAGCUGUGAGAGCAGCAGGGCGCUCUGGUUUCUGCUGGUGCCCCCUCGGUCCUCACGUGGCAUUCCCUGCAGCGCGAUGAAGUGUAACCUUAACACCCAUGUGGGGCAGAGGGUAAUUGUCCACCUGUAAAGGUAACCAAAUAGAUCAGGAAAAACUCCCCACACCCUGUGCAGGACAGUCAGCAGCUUCUCUGUUUUCCAGUUCAUAUUAUGUUGUGCCCCCACUUUCUAUCUCCAGCUGGUUCCCCAUACACUGUAGUUUAUGAAGAUGAUUUUUUUUAACCAGGCCAGAAAAAUGGGAAUGAAUUUAGAGAAGCUUGCUUCUCCAGAAACUUGACACCCAUGCAUGCCCAGAAACCCAGUCGACCACAAAAGGCGGUGACCUCUCUUCAUUCUCUCUCCAGGACUCCCAGACCUCACCCCGGGCUUUCUCUCACUUGGUAUCAGCUCAGAGUCUGGGUCCUAGGAAUCAUAGAAGCGGUUAGCAAUGAAUGGCAAAUGCUAGACUCAACACUUUACAUUCUAAAGUGUAAGACCAUCCUGGGCACUGCAGGCUCCCUGGGGCAGGCGUCACCCGUGUGUCACCCCUGUAAGUGAAUCCACGCUUCUCCAAGUGUAGUGUGUUCACUUGUCUCUUCUAAAAUAAAUGAGGUGGCUGUUGUGGCAUAGCUCCUGGCGGCCUUCAGUAGGGAGUCUGAAGUCACCAAACGCCAGCUCAUGGGUGGUGUAAGCUGUGGCAGCAUGACAGUAGUCCCUGGGCAGUGUCUUGUCCAGCCUGUGAUUAUUUGAAAGGCAUGUUUGCCACUUUCCCUCUUUCACAUUGAGGCGUGCACUUCAACUAAGACCAUCUUGUUUGCUUUAUUUGAAAGCGAAAGAGCAGAGUCCACGGCCUCAUUCAGUUCCCAUUACACAGCUUCCUGGUCCUGCUCCUGGUAACGUGGUUCCAAUGCCUGUAGUGGUGACUCACACGCACUCUCACCUCCACAGCAGGGCUAGUGGCUGGGCAGAGCCCAUGCACAGAGGAAGGCCCUCUGACUGCAUACAGCACCCCUCCCUCUCCCAGGGCUCAAGGAUGCUUCUGUGGCACCCUCCAGGGACGCCUACCAGAACCCUGCCUCAUAGCACAGAGAAGCUGUGGCCAGGCCGAGGAGCCCCUCCCAGGGGGCCUCAAGGACACCACGGCCUGAUCCUUGUCACCAUACCUUUCUGCCCAUGUGGGCUUGGCCCGUGGGCUGAGAGAAAUGAGACCAAAGGGAGCGAGAUAAGGUUCUUUGUUUCUCUCCUCCAGGGUCUGGGUGAAAAUCAGUAUGCCGCCUGUGUACUUGGAGAGCUACCAAAAGGACACCAUGAGAUUAGCCUGGGUGGUGGGUUGGUUUUGGCUUUUUAAACUUAAAGUAUUUGAGAAAAGAAACGCAGUUGCUCUCCCUUUAUGCUGAAUUUUCAUGUCACUAAGGCCUUUUACUCAUGAAAUCAGGCCAAAUAAGUAUUCAAAAUCUUACUUGCUUUAGUGAGAAAUAGGCAGGAUGAAACAAAGAUGGGGAGAUGAUUCAAGAAAGGGGUCAUUGACAUUUAGUGAUGGUUUUUAGUUGCUUAUACAGUAGUAGUGCUGAGGCAUUGUUGAUGUCAACCAGCUCUAGGUGUUCAGAUUAAAUCAGCUUUCUGAAGUUAGGGAAACCAUAAUCAGGAGUGGUUCUCUUUGGAUGGUCUUAUAAAAUUGUUGUAUAAGUUUUUUCAACUAGUAUGACAGUCACUAUUUACGCCUAUGGCUUGAUUCCAGCAGAGAUUUUAACACAAUGACCUGUUUUCCCUCCACAAAGUGACAGGAGUAGCAGCCACCCCAUGCUCAGCCAUAGAAUACUAAGAUACUGAUGCCUGCAGAUGAGUUCUCAAGUGGAAGACCCCACUGGAACCAGAAAACUAGAGGAUUCCCUAAAAUUAUCUGUCACUUGGGGUUGCCAUUUUAAUUUUCAUUUCAAAAAUGGAUGCCCUUGAAAAGAAAUAAUUUAUUGAUAUAAUAAAAGUAAUCAUGGAGCUUUGAAAUAAUUAAGUCCCUCUUGCUAAAAUCUAAGACCACCUCAACAUGUACCAUUGAUUCCUAAAAAGUAUGCAGCCAGUGUGAUGAGUGGAGGUGUCCUGCCUUAGGGCAGCAGCUUGGCCUUUGCAGCAGGAAACCCCAGUUAGCACAGGCUGUCCUCGCCACCUCUGCAUGCCUCGCCCCAGGCCCUCUUGCCAGCUCGUCCGCACAGGCAGGUGAUGGGAUGACAGUGUCGGCAUGUGGAUCAGCCACGUCAGCCGGAUAUUGCAAAUUCAAACAUCUGGGGGAAAGUAAAUACAAUUGGAUUUGAAAACUACGUUGAAAUGAAAGGAUAAUCUUUAUUAUAAUUUCACAUCCGAUGUGUUCAGCCAGCUAAACUAGGCGUUAACUCCUUUAACAUGUAAAUAAAAGAUAAUGUCAAAGUUCACAAAUUAUUCUGCCUCGCUCCUCAUGGCAGUUUAGCAUUUACUAGUGACAGGUGGUUUUUAAGCAGUUUGUACAUUUCUAUAAAAAUGGAGAAGCCAUAUCUGAAGUAGUUCAUUAACGUAAGAGUUUCCAAAGAUUAAAGGAGAUUAACUGUAUAUAGGAACCUAUAGCUUCUGCUUUAAGUGGAAGUACGUUUUUGAUUACUGAAUGAAUGCUGGGCAAACAUGAUUGUUACUUACUCCAGGGGGCCUCCUGUGGCCUAGGUGUUCAGCUCAGAUGACACACAUCUAGCUGAGGCCUUGAGGCUCUGUGACAAGAAAGCAUAUCCAAGUUACCAAAUUAGUUAUAACAACCAGGUGGAUACUUUUCUAAACUAUCAGAGCUUAGCUUUUGAAUAAAAAUUACUGUCUUACCAAAAGUAUUUUACAUGUUCUUGAUAAUGAGACUGUCAUUUUCACUUUAAAAGGCUUGAGCAGUUGCCACUCAUGUUUUUUUUUAAAUGCAUGACAUAAUGGUCUUCAUACAAUAUGAAUUUUUUAAAAAAUCACUGUUUCUUGUUAACUGCAAAUUUUACAUCUCAUAAGGGGAAUUUUGUACUAAAUUUGAUAACUAGUUGAUUUCAUUGCUAGUCUUAGAACAGUAUAAAACCAUCAAGUUACACUGUGCUGUGGGAAGUCAUUUAUGUUUAAAAUCACUUUUGCCGGUUAGUUUUAUGUUUAUACCUGAACAUUUCCCAGAGAACUCCCCGGAUGCGCUCACUGAGCAGGUGAGCUGCUCAUCCUCCCAUGCAGUGUUUGUUUUUGCCCCCUGGAUUGCCAUGGCAACCCUCCAUCAGAUGCAGCUGGGGAUGACGCUGGUAGUGAGUUCUCUAGGGAAGGGUACCUGUGGGCUCUCACUGGCUCAGUGGCACCUGUGCAAGAGGGAACACAUGGGAGCAGCCCACCUGUGGAAGGGUGGCUGGCUGCUACCAGAACUUGGUGAGAUCCCUCCCUCAUAACAUUCCAGCCCUGACUGCCAGGCUGCUCUGUAGACAGUGCAUGAACCCAUUGGAUUACCUGGCACCCAGAACAACUGUCCUCCAGGAGACAGCAGACCAGAACAGCCUUCCUAGCCAGCUGGCUUUGCUACAUGUUGAAUUCUGCAAGGAAAGUCAGCAUUUUGAAUUUGAUGUGAUUACAGCUCUUGCUAAUACAGAAAAGUCCAGCUCUUUGAAGCUCUGAAGUGCAACUUUAAUAGAGUAGUAAUAUUUCUUUUUCCACUUCAUUUGCUAUGUAAGGGAAUCUUUGAACCACAAGUUAUGAUAGAACCCCAGAAGACAUGAGCGACAUGAAACCAUUCACUUGGAAAAGGUUUUCUUCCACUUAGAUACAGCGCUGCUUUUAGGAACGCACAACUCACAGCCCCACGCAGCAUGUGUCCAUCUCUGUGCUUCUUAAUUGCCUUGUUCAGAAACCUGCCAUCUUACGUAUGUAUUUGUUGUAAAUGAGUCCGGCACCCAUUUAAAUUAAUCUUUUUUUUAAUGUUAUGAAAAUGAUCAGUUCAUUUCAUCUUAGUUUAAGUCUUUUCUUUUUCCUUUUUUACUGCCGUCAUUUCUUGUGCUUGUUUUUUCCCCAGUGAGGGUUGUCGAAGAGAAAAUACAAUGAAGAAUGUUGGAAGUCGCAAAUAUGCAUUUAAUUCCCUGCAGCUGAAGGCUUUCCCCAAGCAUUACAGGCCUCCCGAAGGGACUUACGGAAAAGUUGAAACGUGAACACACGGUUUCCUCUAAUUAGCUGUUACAUAAUAAAUGUGGGUACCCUCUAGUGUCAUAUAUGAAUUCUUCAAGAAGACCUGAAGGAUUGGUUUUUAUUUUUUGUGUUUUUUUUAAAAAAAAACAUUUCACUAAAGAGUCUCUGGAGCAUGUUUUUUGUUUUUUGGGUUUUUUUCCCAUUGGAAUCAAUAGGAGGUAAUGUUUGGCUCAAUAGUGUGGAUAGUAACAACUGCCCAUUUAAAUAGCCUUUGGCUGUAACUACACAGAUCUCAUCAAUAGUUACCUACAUGAAUCAAGCUAGGUUUGUCUGAAAUGCUAGAAGACUUUUUCAAAUGCCUGCUUGCUCACUUAUUUUUCUACAGAGUAACUCAAAAGUGACCAUUGAAUUACAAUCCACUUUGUAAAAAUCUGAAUGUAAAACAGUAAAUAAUAAAUUAAAUAAUUGGAUCCUAGGCAGACCAAUAAAUGUUAUUUGGGGAAAGAAGCUAGCACUAUCUCAUGCAGUGAGAAUAACGGGUUCUAGUGAAUUAUCCUAUCUACACCACCACCUGAAGAAGUUGAAAGAAAGAUUGAUAAAUCAAUGGGAGAUAAGACUUUAUUAGAAGGUAACACCUGCAAGGUACCCCACACAGUUGGGGCCACUCUUUUGUCUGUCCCUCAUGAAUUACAGAACAGGGAGUCUGCUGGAGACACAAAGCCAGCAGUAAGGUCCCUUUAGCCUGCCUCCUGUUUUCUGAAGCGCCCUGCCUAGGCUCCCCCAUGCCCAGAGGACACAUCUCCCCUUCUUCUCUAGAUGUUAAUCUAGGGCUUCAGAUGUGGCAUGUCAACACUCCCAUGGGGAAUUUAUGACCAUGGAGAUAGUAGAAACCUAAAUAUUUUAGGAAAACAAUUUUUUUUUGCAGGAUUUCCAGUUUAUCUUUGAAAAGACAAUACAAUCAUGUUUGAAUGUCUGAUAAAGUGUCUUAUUUUUAGGUUUGCAAUAAUUGUAACUUUCUUAUUCUCAUUCUUAUGUAAGAUGACUAUUGAGAAACAGUUGAAAUUAUUCUCCUCAAAUGAGAUUUUGAAAGGGAUUUAUGGGCCAUAAAACUUAGGAAUUUUGUAGAAAAUUUUGUCUGGUCAUCUUUUAUAAGAUGAUGAUGAGUCUUAUCUGCACAUAGCAGAGUUUGUUUCUUAGGAGUUUAUAUGUUUUAUUGAUUGUUUAUGAUGUUUACAUGUUCUUGAAAAGGUUGUAAAAGAAGUAUAUAUGGCACAUAUUAAUGAUGCUGAUCCUAAUGAUUUGUGAACCUCUUAGAAAUUCUUAUGUCUAAAAGCCUAGAGAUUCUUCUGGUUCCUUUAGAAAUAUGUAACAAACUUGGGCCAGGGGUGCUGAGGCAUGGGGAGGACUGCUUAUUGGCAGGAACACAGAGGGGGUGGGCAUCAGGUAGGGGUGGAACUGGAUGACCUUCCAGACCCCCUCCUACUCAAGUCAGCAUGCAAGCAGCACCUGCUGUCUCCCAAUGCCUGCAGGGAGGAAAAUGUCUGUGAAGGACACUUUAAUGAAGGAUGAAGCUCUCUGCUGCUCCCUCAAAGCUGGGUUCACUGUGGCAGGCAGGAGGCAGAGAAACUCCUGCCCGCCAAACCCACCGCACGGGUGGCUGCUGCUGGUGUCAGAUUCUCCUUUUUAAGUGUCAAUUUCUGUUCACAGUUUUCAAUAUGGCUGAUUUACCCUUUCACCUCUCCACCAUCUCAUUUAACUUGCAAAUGUUUAGUUCCGUCUUUUCUCAUUUUAACUUUAAAAAAAUCUCCUUGCUUUUUAAAAAUAAAUAUUACCCACAUAGUUUUCAGAUCUUUUUUGUCUGGAGAGCAUUAAAUAUCUGCACUCAUCAAAGGGAAUAUAGCAAACGUUGAUCAUCUGUCAGCAGUUUUGCAUGUAGCACCUUUAUAUGAAUUAUUUUCCCAAUUUUUGCUUUAUGUAAUGGGUCACCAUAAAACUGUAAGACUUGGCAAAUGCUAUAGAAAAGGUUCAGGUUUCAGUAUUCUCUCUGAAGGCAUCGUUCCUGGGCUUCCAGCGGCAUCACACACUUCCAGCGCCUGCAGGGUGAGGGAGUGUUGCACAGCCUUGGAGGCAAGCAGCUCCUCUCUUCUGUGGGAGCUUUUGAGUUUUCAGAGGCGCAGGGAAGGCAGUUUUACAGGUUACCGUAAAAUAAGAGGUUCCGUCCGGUGUUCCUUAUAAUGCCUCCCCAUUUAAAAAGAAAAGAGAUCUAUGGAAAACUGGGAAUGUAAUGUGGAUUCUGUCAGAGCUCCUACAGAGCACAGUUGCCUUUAGUUUCCUUUAAAGAUGUAAAAAUAUUGUAUAAUAGUUUUGUCCCUACACAAUUGUAUUUGCCAAGCUUAGUGCAUUAUGAUACCUUUAUUUAUUUGUUUUGGGCAGUAUUUAUAUAUAUAUAUAAACAUACAGUUACUGUUUUAUAUAUUCUUAGGUCAUUCAAAGCCAUGUAUGCUGUAAAUGUGCUAGUCUUUAGAAUGACACAUAAUAAAUAACUGACAAGAUAUUAAAUGUGGUCUUGCCUGAUUCAUCCUAUUAGGAGGACUAGUUCUAUGUCACCAGCCUGUGAACGGACCAUUGUUGUUGGGCAUUGCGUUGAGUGCUCGGGUGCUGAAUACAUAUGUUUGUAAACAUGGGACCAUGGGAGACUUCCAUUUUAGAAGCUUGUUUCUGCCUAAUUUGAAGCAGGGGGCAACGGGGUUGAAGUUAAGAGCAUGGACUUUGGGAGCAGACAGACCAGGUCCCAAUCCUGGUUCUGCCCCUCACUGGCUGGUGACUCUGAGCAAGUUGCUUGACCUCUCCAAGCCUCCGUUUCUUCAUGUGCAAAGUGUGGACAACAACAGUACCUUCCUCAUAAGGAACGUGCGAUGAGCCUCAGAAGUACGUGUUCAUAAAUGGUAGCCAUUGUUGUUACCUUCCCGUCCGUGAACAUGGAUCACAUCAUCUCUGUGGGUAGCCCAGUCCUCGCUGUAUGACUUGUCAAAAUGCAGUUCCACUUGUAUUAAUAUUGACCCUGUUCAUUGUCACCAGGACUGCAUCUUGCACCACUGUGCCGUCUUCUAGGCACACACGACCCGUUAUCUCCCUUGGAAAAACCCCUGUCACUGGAAAUGUACAAUUAAAGGAUGAUUGAAAUGUUUAA